AUGUUUAUUGACCCUAGCCCAGUACCAAGGUUUCGAAACGUAGCACCACCACCACCGCCCUCACCCCCUUAUUUGAAUGUUUUGAUUGAUACGCCUGAUAACGAUUUGCAUAGUAUUAUCAAAAGCCCAGCUAAAGAUGAAGACGAACCUACCAUAUAUACUUCUCGAGAAUCUAUGACCGCAAAGAAAGAACCAGAGAAAGAGCCAGCAUUUCUAGAUGAACAUGAACAUCAAAUGUCACGGCUGAUUGAAACACUCAAGCUCAAACCACCAUCCAAGCUUCGUCUUGAUUUCUAUCCACCUUUUGUUCGAGGCCAAACUCUUAAAUUUUCGCUACAAAACACUAUACCAGAAGAUCACAUUAUUCUAUUCAAGUUUUUGACUAGUAAUGCAAAUUAUACAAAAGGCCAGCCUGAACGUUACUUUAUUAGACCAAGUGCAGGCAAAAUGGCCUCCACAGAUCAAACAGAGAUUUUCUUAUUUCUGAAUCAAAUACCAACAGAAGUCCCAUUAUCUGAAGAGACUGGUAAUCUGAUUAAAGAUAAAAUCAUGAUUCGAUGGGCCGUCAUUCAGAGAAAUACACAGAUCGAAACUUGGGUAAAUAAGCUACAAGAAUCAACCAGAAGAAGAUGGAUUGAUAUGUUGGAUGAAGAGUGGCCAGAUCAAGUGACAAUACGGAUGACUAGAAUAAAAAUUCGUUUUCAUGUUUAG